CUCACCUUCACUUCGUAACAAACACGAUGUCGACGCUGCUGAGUCGAUGCUGAAUCACAGUUUAUUAUGAUAUAAUGUCAUAUACAAUCAUAACACCGUCAUAUUUUACCGUACUGUUCAUAUUAUUAGUCACAUUCUUUGUUUUCUUUCGUGUAGGACACUACUGCCACGCGAUGGCGCUAUCUCGUCAUGUCCUUACACUGAUGUUUCAUCCACAGGUAUUUAGGGAAACUUUGAAGCAGUGACUUCGUUCAUUCUCUUUAAAACACCAGCUUGUACAUAUUUUCUUUUUUUUUUUCUGAUGAUCUGAAAAGAAAAGAAAAAUAAAAAUAAUUACCAAUUAACCUCUUUGAAAUUCUUAUUUUUUUACGUUUAAUACUAUUGCAGAAAAUAGUCACGUGAUCUUUAUUACCGUUAUAUUACUUAAUUUUUUUUUAUUAAGCGGUAAAUUUCUAUUGUGAGGAAAAAAUGUUGGUUUCGGUGAAAUGCACAGUUAAUAAUAAUAAUAAAGAAAACAUUCGUGAACACGUGAUAAUCCUCUGCUUUUACUGUGGGCAUUAACAAAUCAACGCAGUAAAAGGUGGAUCUGAUCCAACCACGGCCGCGCGCUCCCUCCGCUCCCUUUAUGGUUUGACGGCGGAAAAAAAAAAAAAAAGUUUCACGUCCGUCGGUGAAAAUUCAUUGUUGUUUGUCCAGCCAAUCAUAGUUUUUGACGACACAAAAGAGGCUAAAGUUGGAGUAUAAAAAGCUGCGCGCUAAUCAAGUAUGAUGCCUGUGAGAGCGCGACAUUAAUCCACACUCAGCGCAGUGACGCAGCGGGGAUUCUCUCCAAUCAUUCGUCUCCACUAAAGUCCACACCUAAGGGGACAAUGCAGCCGUCUCCUGUCCCGCUCUGUCUCACACUCAUCAUCGCACUGGGUCCAGUAGUUCUGAGUGACCAAGAAACGAACUCUCAGCUGUCCGCCCCCGGCCCGGAGGACCUGGGCCAGUGCGCCACCUGCGAGGUGCGGCAGCAGACGAAGACCAUGCGACUCAACGCCAUCAAAUCCCAGAUCCUGAGCAAACUGCGGAUGAAAGAAGCCCCGAACAUCAGCAGGGAGGUGGUGAAGCAGCUCCUGCCCAAGGCGCCGCCGCUGCAGCAGCUCCUCGACCAGUACGACGUGGUGGGGGACGACAACAGGGACGCGGUGAUGGAGGAAGAUGACGAGCACGCCGUCACCGAGAGGAUCAUGCUGACGGGAACUGAACCCGACUCCGUCGUUCAGGAGGACGGGGAACCGAAGUGCUGCCUUUUCUCCUUCACACCAAAGUUACAAACCAGCCGCAUCGUCCGCGCCGUGGUCUGGGUGCAUCUGCGGCCGACGGACGAGGAGACGACUCUCUUCCUCCAGAUCUCCCGUCUGAUGCCGGCCACCGACGGGAACAGGAGGCAGAUCCGAAUCCGCUCCCUGAAGGUGGACGUCAGCCCCGGCGCCAGUUCCUGGCACAGCAUCGACGUCAAACAGGUGCUGACGAUGUGGCUGCGGCAGCCGGAGACCAACUGGGGCAUCGUCGUCAACGCCUUCGACUCCAGGGGGAACGACCUGGCUGUGACGACGGCGGCGUCCGGAGAGGAAGGACUGCUACCCUUCAUGGAGGUGAAGAUCUCCGAGAGCCCCAAGAGACCGAGGAGGGACGUGGGCCUGGACUGCGGCGAGAACUCCCCCGAGACCCGCUGCUGCCGCUACCCCCUCACUGUUGACUUUGAGGCCUUCGGCUGGGACUGGAUUAUUGCACCAAAGCGCUACAAAGCCAACUAUUGCUCUGGGGAGUGUGAGUACAUGCACUUACAAAAGUACCCUCACACACACCUGGUGAACAAGGCCAACCCCCGGGGGAGCGCCGGGCCCUGCUGUACCCCCACCAAGAUGUCUCCCAUCAACAUGCUCUACUUCAACCACCAGGAGCACAUCAUCUACGGCAAGAUCCCCGCCAUGGUGGUGGACCGCUGCGGCUGCUCCUGAGCGCCGGCGGAGUCUGUGUGGAGACGGACAGGAGGACAGAGGCGGGGCUGUGGCUCAAGCUCCGCCUCCAACUUAGACUUGUUGACAUAACCGAUUCCAACAGUUCCAAUGCUUUCCUGCAGAUUAUGGUGCAAUAGAAUCAGAGUAGAGGCGGCGAACGGCCCCCACUGUCCUGCAGAGCAACGCUUUCACGAACUUCACCGCUCUACGUUUAUCUACGACGCACUCAAAUCUCAAAAGACUCCAAGUCCGAUACCAGCGAUAGUAGACGCGCUCACAGAGCCGCUGGGCCUCGGAGUGAAUGUAGACACAAAGUUAUGAAAUAAAAUUAAACGUCUCCGUCGUAAAAUGAAACCAGGAAUUGUUGAGGACGAGUCGGGCAAAAAAAAAAAAAAACACAGCUGGAAGAACCAUAACAUGAUAUUUUCACACCAGCAGAACACGUUAGAAUCACACACAGGGUCAAGAGGUCAAAAUAGCCCAUUUUUAACUGCCCCAGUGAGACGGCAUCUGCCCCGUGACCGAAAACACAAGUGGUCCCUCGACCCUACAUUUGAGCCACUGCUGCCAUGACAAGCAUGUUCUGCACAUUCACUUCAAAAUCCCCCCCCCCCACCAUGGAGCACUGUUACACCCAAUCACAAACUCACCCCCCCCCCCCCCACCAGAAGAGCCAAACCUGCCCCAGGACACUUGAAGCCACCUGAUUGUAAACUCAAAUGACGACAGGAAGAACGCCGCCUACAGGUGGAGACGUGGCGGAGACGGAGUUCAGAUGUAUGAAUGUUGACGUUGUGCUUUCAUCAACACAGUUUGCACUAUAGCGCACCAACAGGCUGAGGUUGGUGGCUACAGAAGUUGUAAAAACUGAUUUUGAUAAUUUGUAUUGUAUACAGACAGUUUGCCAGUGUUUCCACUAGGAGUUGCUUUUCUGAACCUGUUGGAAAUUGUAUAUGAAACCUCCAUCUAUAGAGACGACAAAUGUAUCACAGCAACUCUAUAUACUUGUUGUUACUGCAGUAAAAUAAAGUUUUCAAUUUUC